AUGUUAGACUUCACUGAUAAUUUAGACUCUCUCGGAUUUGAAGCUGGACUCACUGAAGAUGAGAAAAUGUAUCUGAAUCUUCGCAGUCGGUCAGCUUGUUUGAUUGUCAGUGGAUGUGCGCAUGCUCUGUUUGUCUGUGAACUGCUUAAUUUACUACGAAAGAAACUAUUUGCUGCAAAUGGCUCCUCUUCCAAAACGCAUCUGUCAGUUGGCAUACUUGGUGGUGGACACAUGGGCAAACAGCUGGCAAUGGUUUUACUGCAUGUAUCCAGCCUCAAGCCAUCUAACAUCAACAUCUCGACCAAAAGACCUGAGACUUUGGAUGACAUUUCAAAGAUGGGUGUUGAGUGUUACUUUGACAACAUAAGAAUGGCUAAAUGGGCAGAUGUGCUCUUUCUCUGUGUGUUGCCUGCUCAUCUACCUCAAGUGUGCCCAAACCUUCGCUCCCAUAUGCCUUCACACUGCCUCGUAUACAGUUUCACCUCAGCAGUGCCAUCAAACAGGCUUGCAAUGCUCCUUGAACACAAUUUUAUUCUCAAACCGCAGUAUGAAUUUGUGGCUUGUGACGAUGUAAGUAAUAUUUGGCACCUUCAUAAUCAAGUGACAGACGCUUUAAGAGAUAAGGAAGUGCUUGCAGCCUCAGUUCCUCUUUCAAUGAGUGGUGGCAUCUCCCUGGACCGGAGAUGGGUGUCUGCUGUGCUGUACAGUCUCCUCAACAUGUGUACGGCAGAAAAACUGGGGUCCGGAAAGGCUCUUCAGCUGCUCAAUGAGUUGUUUGUGACCAGCAUCUCAGCAAAGACAUUUAAUUUUGACUCAUUCUGUGAGUCAUCUGAUCUCUCCAAGUCUGACGACCCUUUUCCCUGGAUCAGUUUGGUUGAUGUACAAACAAAAGAGACUCCAUUAUCUGAUUUGGUAUCAGGAAAUAAAGGCUUGCAAGACUGCAUUUCAAUCAUGUACCACAAUGCAUUUUCAAACCUGGCAGAAGGAUCGAAUUACUGAACAAAAGCAUGCAAUAUUUAGUUUCACAUUGUAUAUUUUUGUUCAUGUAAUAUGUGUUUACCAUUAACCAUCUGUUACGUGCAGGUGUUUGUAAAGUGCAGUCUAAAUCAGCUUUAAUUAAACUCGGGGGAAGUGGGCUUGUCAGCUGUUUUAUCACCUUUGAGAAAAUGCUGUGCUAUAUUUGUGUGCUAUUCUCUGUAGAUCUUUGCUAUUCGUGAUUUUUAAAUGUUCUCCAGUACAUUUGAGUAAACUGAGAUAACUAGAAAAUGCUGAAUUAAGGGAAAGCAAGAUUGUAAGAUUUUGCACAAUCAUAUGUUAUUCUGUAUGAUGCUUACUUCAUUCAGAUUCCCCAUAGAGCACCAAUGUACACACAUUUUUUUGGUGCCAAUUUAUUAUGAUUUACGCAUUCAAUUUCAUAACAAAAUUCCAUCAAACUGAACUGUGUAAUGUUUACAAAAAUUCAAUUAAAUAAAACUUUUUAAUUAAAUUUGAUAGGAUUU